UGGUUAUUUUGCAUAAUGUCUGCACUAAGUAAAAAGCUAAACCAGGAAGGAAGUUACCACCACUGUGUUAGAUGGGAGCGCUUCAGUGACAUGUGCUUGCUUUUGAGAAAAUCAGAACUCUCCAGAUUAGUACUAGCAAUAAUUACUAUGUUUAUUUUAUGUUUACCUGAAUUUUUCAAAAUCCACGAAGCUAAUACUGUAGUUGUGUCAUGUGUGGAUACCUGUUCAUCAAAUAACACCACUUUUCCACUUUGUACUUUUAACAAUUCUUGCAAAAGACCAGUGCAAGAAAGAAGAGAAAUCCAGGCUAUUUUACUGAAGGCCAUUGUAAACCAUUCCAAUUUCCAGAACAUUCCAUGCAUUUGCCAGACCUCCAGGAGGGAGCCACAGUCCCAUACUAAACACACAGAGCCUGAAUACAAGAGAGAUGUGAAAGCUGAUCAUCAAGGAUCAGGGUCAACAGCUAAAAAAAUUCCAAAAGCAGAUGGCACACUUGACGUGACAACAGAAGAUGUUAUUUAUUUUUAUAAAUAUUUUAAUUUAACUACAUUUUCUGAGAAAGAAGAAGUAGAUCAUAAUACUUACUACCUGCUGGAAAUCCACAUUAACAAUUCUAUAGUUGGAAGAAGAAAUGCAGCUGAAGAAUACCUAAAUCACUCCUGUCUAGUGGCAAUGAUGGAAGACCAAAAUGACUGUAUAAAUAUUUCGCUGCAACUGAAGUCUUACGUGGAAUAUCCUAUGUGUAUGGUGAAGGUCAUUUGGCUCACUAUGAUUGCAGUAGUUUUUGUGUCAACUAUUUCAAUCGUCAUCUACAAAAUAGUCCAAGAAAAUGAACAAAACCAUUACAAACGCAGAUUAGCAGCAGUUUCUGCUAUUCUGAGAAGAAAGAGCCCUAGACGUGCAAGAAGAGCUAUGUCUGCUCCUGAAAUUAAUCCUUUUCCUGUAAAAACCAGCAAACAACAGAUUCCACUUACUGCACAGACCACAAAGAUAUUGCCCAUAAUUCCUGAACAAGACCAUUGUCAUGUGGCUGCAUCAGCUGUAGAAGGAUAAUUCAGCUUCUUUUGGCUCAGCUGCAGUGAGACCUUGUUACUACCCCAGAGUUACUUCUGAACUCUGCUGCAGGUGUAGUAGUUCAUGAAGAGACGCUCAGGAGCUGACACAGACCAAGAGAUUCUGGAGUGGAGGCAGAUACCACACAAAACUGUUUCUGCCCUUAUCUAGCUGCCGGGACGGAAGAGAAGAGAGUGAAUCCUGCUCAGUUAGUUGAAGGACCACCUACCUUUAAAAGGCAGUUCCAGGCAAGGCCUGUGUAGAUGGAGGCUCUCUGCAGAAACGCCGUUCAGACACUUGAGCAGGCGGAUGGGGAUGCUCUCCAGGCACCUUCCGGCCCUGCCCGCUCUCGCAUUGCCAAACUUCCCUGGCAGCGAAUGAGGUGCAGGGCUUCUCACUCAGGUUCCUGCGUUGCGCUCUCCUGGGGCAGGUACCUAAGCCACCAUUCUGGUGGCAGGUACCAUUCUUAGGUCUUUUUCUCUAGUCUGAUGAGUAUCUUCCAUUUUGUCUGCCUCCUAGUCACCUUGUUGUUUUCUUUUGCAGUAAAGAAUUCAUUACUGUGAAAGUCAAAAGAAUGACCUUGAAGAUAAACUGGGAAAGUCUGCUUUUUUAAUCUCCUCUUUUUUUUUUUCUUUUUCCUGAUAUUCUUUUCUUUAGUUUGAGAUGUCACCAUAUGAAAUAUGGUUACUGUUGGAUGAAAGAAGACACACCAUACACCACAGAAAAAAGCAUCUCUAUUUCAUCUCCGUUUCCAGUUUGGGGAGCUAUAUUAUCCUUCUUUUCAUGAGAAUGCCAAGCAUACAUUUCAGUGGAGAAGCUCCAUUAUAUCUGUCAUCAGAACUAUCUGGUAUUAAGAAAAUAUGAAUGAUGGACAAACGUUUUGCUGUAGAAUCUACUUCAGUAGGAGAGUAUAGAUUUCACAUCUGUUUUCUGUUCAUUCAGGAUUUACACUUAAUCAUAUGGAUCUGAGAUAAUCCUUGCAAUAAUUUUCAUUUUCUCUGUUGGAGACAAAAUUUAUUCUAUAUUCUCCAUAGGAUAAGAAAAUCUGUUUAAAAAUAGAAAUGCUCCUCUACUUCCAUGAAACAAGCACAUUUUCCAGUCAUUUUAUGGCAUAGAUGACUAAAAUGCUGAAAAGAUACAAAUUCUGGCUGUUGAGGAAGGUGGUCAAAGACUCAUAGAAGGAGAGAACUCUGCAGUGCAUUUUAAUUUCUGCAGUAAACCAGGAAGACCUUCAUAAAUUCUGCAACAUCUUACUGGAUAAAGAAAAAAUGUGGAAAAUAGUAAUUUGGCUUCAAACCACAAAAUCAUUAUUAUCGGUUUUUAAUAACUCAUUAAGACACCAAAAGGGCUUUGUACUUUUUGAUAAAUUGCAUUUCUAUAUUUUGUACUUGCUGAGGUAAUUAGUAUUCAGACUCAUUAUCUCUUGGAUCUUUUCCUUACUCUCCAUUUAUUACUGCUCCUCUGAGGGGAAUGGAGCUGUUUGGGCUGAGCAGGGUCCCAAAUGCAUUUGGUGGUAACACGUAAUUUGUGGGUACAAUUUCAGCAGCAAUUGCUGGGCAGAGACAGAAACUGCAGAGCCAGGACUUCAGACUCCCUUGUGCUAAAUCCAUCAGGAUGAGCAGAUUGUAAACUGCCCAUUGCAAAUAUGAUAUGCAGCAAUUUAGCAUCAUGUUAAUACUUUGUAACCUCCAUCCCCUACAUUUAUAUAGCUUUUCCCUCCUGAAGCUUUCUGAAAUCGCUUCUCCAGUCAUUAUACUGCACCAAGCAGUUCAGAUUUAAUAGCAAUAGUGGUGAACAUUAGCUUCUGAAUGAUUUGAGGCCAUAUGGAAUUUUUUAUAUCUAGUUGGGUAAAUCUGAAGCAUUUGUUUCUAUUGUUUGUUACCAUCUUAUAAAAAAAUCAGAGAAAAAUACUGUCUUUCUUGAUUUGAGGGCUUUUGGAGCUUUAUUGCUUAUCUGUGGUAAUAACUUAAAGCUUUUCAGAUUUUUUUUUUUAAUGCAGUCUAUAAAAUAAACCUGUCACAAUUUGUUUCUGGUUCGUUGGUAGUUUUAUUUUUUUUCCUUUUUACUAUAGAACGGCGACUUAGAGAUGAAGAGGCAUACCUAUCUCAAUUUACUGCAGAAUUGCUAAGGCCAUUUUAGUCAGUGUUAAAAUGCUUCAACCAAUGGCACCAUCUAUCAUUCUUCCCCUUCAGUAAUCCAGGGAUCUUGUUGAUAGGGACAGCCCUGCUCCUUGUGACCCCAAUUUAAUUUCCUUUCACCUAUAAUUUAAUUCCAUUAUUCUUGCUGUCUAUAACCUCCCUCUUUUCUUUUCCUUGGAUGGCUAAACUAUGGCUUAUUAUUUUACUGCCCACAGUUAUGCCACAGCUCUGCAAGUGUUUUGUUUUACUACCCUAGAAGGUUCCAUCUUCCAAGUCACCUUUAGAAACAUGAAGAACAAGUAAGCCCAAAAGGCUCUUAUAAAGGCUUUUAAUCUCUGUUGAGUAGAGUUUACCUUGUCUUGCAAGUGUGCUCCAAACCAUAGGAAACGGAGAAUGGGGAGACAUUGCUAGGAAUGGUAAGGAAAAAAAAGUGAUCCUAAGGUAACUGAAGGUGAAAGGGACCUCAGGCAGGCUCUGGUCCAACCUCCUUAUGCUGGAGGAGGAAGGAAUGGGCUUAAAAGCAACCAGAUUAGUGUUUUCCUGUUUUUUUUGACCCAAAAUCCUCUGGGUUUCUCUCCUCCCACAUCCUCUUAACCCCUUGUCUUUUUUUCAAAACUGAACAUGUGAGAGGAGAAAGGCUGUCCUGGUGCAGCCCCUCAAGAACACCAGGAUGGGCAGGAGUGAGGAACCUGAGACACGAAGGCGGAGGAGAGCGGGAUGAACAAAACUGGCGGGGAAGGCAGAACUGGUGAGGGAACUGGAGGAAGGGCACAGAGCACCCCAAAUACCAGCAUCACAUAAGAUGCUGGUACAGUGCCUGAGGUAAUCAGGGACUGGAAGAGCAGGAUUCCAUUUUUACAAGUAUAGUAAAUGGGUUGAGAGGCUUCUGAAGGUGUUCAAAAAUGUUUGAGUUACCCAGUGUUCUGGCUUUCGUUUGGGUGACACUGUCAGUCAGACUCCUGAACUGGCAGCUUUUGUUGAACACCUUUCAGCCUCAAUCCUGCAGCACAGGAGAGAAAAACCACACGUUUGUUUGAGUGACAUCUUCACGCCUUCCUCUUCAAAUUCAAUUCACUAAGAAUUACGAUUAGUCCUUGCUGCAGUGUUUUUACACUCCUUUUGCACAUUAUUGUGGCAUUGCAUAAGAAAUAUUACUUUACUCCUUGGGUAAAAUGUUUGCAAGGCAGGAUGAAUGGUGAGUGCUCUGGGUCUGUUAGAGCAGCUCCCUGAAGGUCUGUGACCAGGAGACCAAAGUGGGGAGACUAAGAAGUUCUUGGCAGCUCCGUGCUCAGGCACUUCUGGGGUGCAGGCAAGAAAGGGAGAAUAAGCACCGCAGAUCUGGUGUGAUCAAAUUAGCUGUCUUCUUUCCUUUGAGCUCUUCCUCUUUGAAUGUUCUUAUCUUCGACUUCCUCCAAGUUAAUGCAGAUUUUCAUUUUACCUCAGAAGUGCCGUUAUUGCAGUUCUGCUGCAACUAAUCAGAUGUCAUCUCUUGUUUACUCCGAGCAAUGCUGAAAACUUCUUUUAGAGAGUUUUUUCUCUAAUCCAACCUUGAAAAUUGUUCCCACUUCCAGAAAGCACAUCCUUUUUUUCCCUUUGAAAAUAAUUUUCCCUCUCACAUCUUUUUUUUCAUGCAGCUCAAUUUUUGACAUUUUAUUUUCAGUGUUUUAAUUCUAAAGCUGCACACCAUUUUCAAUAUUAUGAAUGAUGAAUCUGAGCAUGGAAAAUAUACAGGUAACACACUAAAAGCAGCUGGUUAUGUCCUCAUAUUCUCAGCAACAAAAGUUGACCUGAGACGGACAAAAAAGUGUUUAAAGUCCAGAGGGGUUUCCAGUCAGACUGUAAGAAUUUCCAAGUAGGUCAGACUGGCUGAUGGUGUCACAUUAAACCUUGCUCCGAAAUGGCUUUAAAAAGAACCCAGGAACGUCCUUUUCUACUCUUUGCAUUCUUUUGAGACUAACAGAAAGGACAGGCCUGUCAUUUGAAAUAGAAGUGGAAUGUCUCAAAGAUAAUCCUAUGAGCUGGGUGACUGCUUGUAUAAUGAAAACCACUUAUGUAAAUCAGAAAAAAUACAUAUUUGUCACCCAAAAUACUGUGGCAUUUCAGACUCAUUUAAGUUGUUAUGAAUACUGACUGGUGGGUGACACUGGAAACAUCAUUUAAAAGCCUCUCAAAUUGUAGUAAUUGCAAUUUUGAAUUAUAUGAUUGAGGCACCUUUUAGAGGAAGAUUUUAACAGCUUCACUGGAUGAUCUAAGCAGCAUGAAAAAAGUGGAAGAGACAGUUCUUUUGUUCAGCUGUCUCAAGCAAUGGAUGCUGGAGUGUAGGAGCAAAUCAUGGGGAAGAGAUGUUUACACAUGACUAGACUAUACCCUAAAAAGCAGCAAACAACUUACAGCUUGGUUUGCCUUUAAUAUACAAUACUUUCCUUCCAGCUCAUCCUUCAGUGAUGACCUGUAACAGUGCAGGGUUGUAGGUCUGCAGACAUUGCUUUAAGUUUCAUCCUGCUAAAUUUCUCAGUUUAGUUGAGUGCAAACGCCUGCCUCUUUUGUCUCUGCAUAAAAAGGCAUCUUCAGAAGUUCAUGGAAUGCCAUAAAAAACAGAUCUGCUCAAGAGAAAAGGUAACUUUCACAGUCUAGGUUCUUUUUUAAAUAAGGACUUAAAACCAAGUAGUCUGAUAAGUGCCAAGGCACACUCAGUGUACUGACCUGGAAAAAGGUGCUGAUGAAGGAAGGAACAGUCUCCCUUAAAAGUGUAAGGCAAUGUCUGGUUUUGUCAGACUCUCAGUAAAAUCACACUCAUUGUUCCAAAGGCGAAUCAGAAACUGGCAGACUUCACUGAGUACAUCUUCCCAUCAUGUAAGUCUUCAAAACUUUCUUUUUUGGUACACUGUCUCAGCUCAGUAUCUCAAAUGAUUUAUUUGACUGAAGGAAAAAUACAAACCACUGUAAAAAAAAUAUGCUGGUUACAUCCACAGAAUACUCUUCUACUGAAAUUUUACCUAGAAUUGAUUUAAAGAUAUAAUAUUCAGUUUUCCUAGUACAAGAUGAUUGCAUCUGAAAUCAUAUGGUGUAUCCCUACGCUCACGUUCUGCCCCAUUUCCUUUCCUACAUUGUAUGGAUGUAAAUACCUUAAGUCCACAUGUUAUUUUUAUAGCUUCUUUUACUUUAGGGUACUUUAUUCAAUUUAUACAUAAUUUAGGGAAGACAGUAAAACCUCUAGUAAGGAGUAUCUCAGGCAAGCAACUUUUGUCUUAAGAAUGCCCCUCAAUGAUUUCAAACAUUAUCCCCUGAGGCUUCAACUACUAUGUUGUUCAGCCUCUGAUAAAAGGCACCACUAUGAGUCAACACAUUUUUUUGACAGGUGUAACACUACAUAUUCUGCAGUGCAUUUCAGAGAAAAAAAUUCUGUAUGAAAAAAGUAACUAAAUUAAUUUAUGUCUGAAAACAUUAACUCAGCAUAGGAACAAUAUGAAACAGCUAUUGCUGUGUUCUGUGACUCAUUUGGCAGUAAUACCAUGGUUACAGAUACCUGAUGCAGAGCUCUACUCCAGCAUGGACAGAAAGGCUUCUUGAUGAAAAAUAAUUAUGACAUUAAUGUAAAAAUAAAUCCAGAAUGUAAUGAUUGAUAGGUGUAAACACUAGACUUUUCUUGACAGUCUCUGUUUGAAAAAUAAACAAGCUUUUAACUAGGUAUUAUAAUUCUACUUGCCGGCACAGAACAACUGAAACAAAUGCUUUAAACAAACAGGCCUUUUUAGAAGCUACUAAACGCUUUCACCGAUGCCCAGAUCUUUAAAACUGAAAACUGCUCAUGAUGUAGUGUAUGGAGCGAGUACACAGUCCUGCACUGAGGACUCCUUCUUUCUUCUGGGUCACAGAGCGCACACAGGAAUGGCCCCUGGGCAACUACAAACGUGUGUCUUUCCCGCAGCCUGAGACCACUGGAGACGAGUUCGUUUGUACGUCUGUGCCCCCGAGGCGCAGGAGGCAGAGAAGCACUGGGUGCAAUGCAGUGUUUUGCAUCAACUAAAUGCUAUUUCGUAAUUCACUUUUGAAAAGAUGCCUUCAGAAUUAAAGCAAUGCCAGGAGGAGCUGUAAGUUGGUGGGAGCUGUAUCCUACCUGGCCUAGUGAGUCUGCCAAUCAGUUGCAUUUUCCUGUGUCCCUCUUUCUCCCAUGCUGUAGAAAUGUCAGCUGGUCAAUAUGGCAUAAACACCAAUGACUGCUGAGCCUUGUUUGCCUUUUCAGCUGCCAAGGGGCUUUCUUAUUUUUGUUCAUACUGCUGUAAAUUUUUUUUCAUUCUGUGCAAGUGGAUUUGAAGGCUACCUACCCAGAAAGAUAUCUCAAAUCUGUUAAAUUACAGGGUGGCAGAAAACAGAUCUUGCAUAAGAAAUCUUAUUUCAAGGAUAGUGAAAAUUUCAUCUCUAAAUAACAAAAGAUGAAAAUGCCACAAUGCACGUGACAGCAGCACAGGGACCACAAUAGUGUAAUGCACAAACAGACCUUUCUGUCCUGAUUUGGACUCACAAAAGUUACCAUGUGCAAAGCAAGUACAUGGUUUCUCACUUCCAAUGAACUGGAUGGUAUUUCCUCAUGCACUUUUUCAUUAGUUUUACCAUGUAUGAGCUAUACUUCUAUGCUUAAACAUGUUCAGAUGUUAACUAUAAUUGAAAAGCAUUUAAAUAUAAUUAUUGAGUGUAUCAAGAGAAAAAAAAAAAAAAAAACAAAA